GUGAAACACACGGAAGCUAAAAACAAAGAGCAGAUAGUUAGAUUUAGUUUAGUUAGACGGUAGUUUGAAGACGAGUUUGGUGUUUUAGAUAAAUAAUUUACAGUAAAAAUAUCUUCGUUUCAGCGUCAGAGAGAGUUUAUCAACGAGCAGGUAACUCCUGCUGGAGAAACAUUCACAGAGUGGAAAGAAAUCAACGUUAAGAUGGAGGAAGAGAUGGAGGAUCAGCGCAGACUGAUGGAUUUUACCCGGAUACCGAGGAUCAUCUUACACCGGAUAGGAGCAUCGAGGAGAGCUGAGCAGGUUCGGGCACGGCGAAGUAACAACAGGAUCGAGACAAUCCAGGCUUGCCAGCCAGAAAGGAACUUGUCCAGAAGUUUCGUCUACAGCAACUGAUCCAAUGUGUGGAAAAUGACUAGAGCCGGAGUCCAGGCGUUGAUCUGGGAGACCUUAAAGGAUGAGGCCCGAAGAUGCAGAUCCCCCAACUGUGCUCCCUGAUGCCAUCUGGUGGAGAACUAAUGGAGGUGUACUAAAGUAGAGCCCAACAAGUUGUGGAUUUUGACCCACUUAAAAGGUGAAGACAAGCAAGUACCUGCUGCUCGAGUCUUUAACUUUUAUAAAUUUGUAAUCUCUCCCUGCCAGCUACUUUUUCUUAAAUAAUUUUUGUUGUUUACUUUUCACUUCAAUUGGACGGUUUAGAAAAAAAACUAGUGAUGGGUUUCUGUUGAAUUAUUAACCCCCAGCAGCAGAAAACGAUGGGUGUCUCUUAUCUGCAGGCCUGAAAUGGAAGCGCUUUCAUGCUGCCACCUACUGACAGGAACAUGAUACUACAACUGCAUUGUUUCAGCUAUGCAGUUAAUUCUGCAAAACUAAUUGAGUUAAUUCAUUUUUCAAGCACAAAAGCUUGUAUUUCAUGCGUUUGAUCUCUUGAAGAUGUUUCUAUGAUCUCUGAGACUGAAUUAUUUUAACACCAAAUAAUGAGUUUAAUGAAAGGUAUGUUUAAUACUUAAACUUGAAGAUUAUAUUCAAAAGGCUUCCUAAAAUAAUGGUGUUUCUUUUUAGAAAACUGUUCUAACAUAAUUUCCUCAGGAGUCUCAGGUGGAAAACAGUAACAGUGAACCAGAUCUGUCAGGAUAUAACGUAUACUAAGCCUGCCUUCUAAUUUGAUUUAGUUCAGCUGUAACUUAGCUAGUUAGGAAGGUCAACAAUCAUCCAACACACUGCAGAUCAUUUUCUUCUUCAGUUGGAUCAGUUGAUUGUGUCAGAUCAGAUAUGCUCAGUUUAAAAUUCUCUUAUUUUGAAAUUAUACCAUGAGGCUUGACAGUGAGCAGUGCUAAUGUUAUCACCUGUUGCUAGGUAACGUCAAAGUGCUUUGAUCAGCUGUGAGAUAACAGGCGGCGAGCGUUCCAACUCUUCCAUUUACGCUGAAUCUGUUUGUCAGAGAAGCACAAAGAGAAAUCUUUUAGAAAUCCUCUCAAAAUGAAUCACUUUGUUUACGAUAGUCUUCGAGACAUGGGAAUUUAUAUUCCCAAAGAUCAAGCUGAUUGUUUAUACUGUGGAGACGGUUGGUUCUGCUUCUUCCACCAAGAACAGGACCUCACGGUGAGACGCAACAGACCGACCACUGCAUUUCAAAAACUGAAAAUGGAUCGCUUCCUUAGAGAAACUCUUCGAGAUAUGGGAAUUUAUAUUCCCAAAGAUCAAGCUGACUGUGUCUACUGUGGAGGAGGUUGGUUCUGCUUUUUCCACAGGCAACAACAAGACCGCAGGGUGGACCAAACAGAGGACCUCAGGGUGGACCAACCAGAGGACCUCAGGUUGGACCAACCACAGGACCUCAGGUUGGACCAACCACAGGACCUCAGGUUGGACCAACCACAGGACCUCAGAACCCCGACAGAAACAGAACCAACUACUGAAGAGACCCUACCGAUUCCUAGUACAAGUUCUUAUAUUGAAGCCAUACCAAAAGAUGAGACACUGACCAGCGAUGAUGUUAUCAGCACUAGUAAAACAUUUGCAGGACUCAGGAAGUUUUAUGCAAGCACCCCAUUAACUUUAGCAGAUCCUGUUUUGAUUGAAAUACCAGAAAGAAAUCCUUUAAUCACCGUAAGGUUGGAUUUUUAUUCUGACGAGAUGAGGGAAUUAAUCGCUCAUAUCAGUCGUCGAGCCUUGACUGAGGCGACAGAAACUCUGGGACCAGAAGUUUCACCUGACCGUGUUUUUACAGAACGUUCUUCCACCACCGAUGUGGAUCAACAGGUUUAUUGCACCACUUUUAUUGGGUCUUUCAAGCAAAAGGCAGGAAGAGCUUAUCACAAAAUUGAUGAAUAUACUGCAUCUAUCUUUGGAAGAGCUGUGAUGCCGUCUCCUAAAGUGGGCCUGGCAACCGUUCUGGUGAUCCCACUACUGGUCGGUGGGCUCCUAAAACUGACAAAAAGUCGUCUUUGGCGCUAGUUACAGACUGGCAGACAGACUUGGUCACUCUUUAGCUUAUUUUUACAAAAACUGUAAAGAAACUAUUUAACUGCAAAGACCAGAAGCCCAGAGGACACUUUUAAAUCAAGACUAAUUUUUAGACUCCUGUUCUUCCAACCCAGAACUGAAAUUAGACCAGAUGAUACUUAGCAGCCCUGAACAGGAGCAACUAGCUUACAUACUUUAGAUCAACAUUAGAUUCUUUUUCUCUCCUUUUUUUCUUCUCUUUCCUUUGGUUUGUUAUUUUGUUUGUAUUUCCUUUUAAUUCCUGUAAAGCACUUUGUACUGCCUUGUUGCUGAAAGUCUGCUAUAUAAAUAGAAUUACCUUUACCUUACAACAUUGAUUAUUCUUUUCCACAAUACUGUUUAUUAAAAUGUUGCUAUCCCUCCUUCAAAGCAGGCUGGCUUUGUCAGUUUGUUUUUGACUCAGUGAAAUAUUUAAAUCAUCAAACUGAUUUAAAUAUAAAACAAAAAUAAGCUGCAUAAUUACCAACAUCUGUAUGAA